AUGGCAGGAAUUAUGGUGAUUCUCGACUUUGACAAGACAAUUAUCGACAUAGACAGCGAUAAUUGGGUGGUUGAUGAACUUGGUGCCACUGAUUUGUUCAAUCAACUUCUUCCAACCAUGCCUUGGAAUUCUAUGAUGGACAUGAUGAUGAAAGAGCUUCAUGCUCAAGGGAAAACCAUUAAAGACAUUGAAGAUGUACUAAAAAGGGUUCCAAUCCAUCCCAGAGUAGUCCCAGCCAUCAAAUCAGCUCAUUCAUUAGGGUGUGAUUUGAGGGUAGUCAGUGACGCAAAUCUCUUCUUUAUUGAAACAAUCUUGAAUCAUCUUGGAAUAAGGGAAUGUUUUACUGAAAUCAACACAAAUCCAAGCUAUGUAGAUGAAGAAGGAAGGCUAAGAAUUUUCCCUUUUCAUGAUUUUCAUUCAUCUUCUCAUGGCUGCAAUCGCUGUCCUCCAAACAUGUGCAAGGGCAAGAUUAUAGAGAGGAUUCAAGCUUCUUUAGCCAUAGAAGGGCAGAAAAGAAUAAUCUAUCUUGGCGAUGGAAGUGGUGACUUUUGUCCGAUGUUGAAGCUUCAAGAAGUAGAUUACUCAAUGCCGAGGAAGAAUUUUCCGGUUUGGGAUCUGAUAUCGAAAAAUCCCGGCCUUAUAAGAGCAGAAAUCCACGAAUGGACUGAUGGGGACGAGCUAGAACGCGUUCUGCUAAAUCUUAUCAAGAAAAUUACAAUUCAAGACUCGGUUCAAUUGUUAUCGGUUGAUUGCAAGUUCGAGACUAUUCCCAUGGCAGUUCAUGAGCCGUUGAGGCCUGCCCUCCCAGUUAACCAGUAG